AUGUACGUGGGUUAUCUUGUGGAUAAAGAGAGCAAUAUGUACCACCAAGGACCUAUGAGGCGCUCCAUUAAUCUUCCUCCGCAGAACUUUGCGCCCAGCGCGCAGUACUCCGACUUUACGGGGUAUCACCAUGUACCCAACAUGGAGAACCACACGCAGCCCACAGCGGCCUGGGGCUCUCAUUACGGCGCACCAAGGGAGGACUGGGGCGCCUACGGCCUGGGACCCCCUAAUAACGUACCUACAUCCAUGAACACCUCAUCACCCGGCCAGGUCCCGUACUGCUCCCCCGACUAUAACUCAAUGCACCCGGCCGGAUCAUCGGUUUUGCAGCAGCCACCAGAGAAUAUUAAUGUCGCACAACUGUCCCCAGAAAGAGAGGGACGCAGUUCGUAUCAGUGGAUGAACAAAACUGUCCAAUCGUCUUCUACCGGCAAAACGAGGACGAAGGAAAAAUACAGAGUCGUUUACACAGAUCAUCAGCGGCUGGAGCUAGAAAAGGAAUUUCAUUACAAUCGAUACAUCACGAUUAGGAGGAAGUCUGAGCUGGCCGUCAACCUGGGCCUUUCGGAGCGACAGGUGAAAAUCUGGUUUCAAAACCGCAGAGCGAAAGAAAGGAAGCUGAUCAAAAAGAAAAUGGGCCAGUGCGAUGGAAGCGGCGGCUCAGUUCACAGCGACCCCGGCUCCGUGAGCCCGCUGGCCGUGCCCGGCUCGCUGAGUCCGUCGGACAUCCACGGAUCCCUGUAUCCACCGCCGGGCAUGAACGCUUUGCCACCGAUUGGGAAUAUACAGCAAGUCACUGUGGGCCAGUAA